AUGACUUUUCCAUCGGUGCGCUAUGCGGCUCUGCUGCAGGACGAGCAGGACAAUAGCAACGAACAGUCGACAGAACAGGAAGGAAGCGGCUUUGAGUUUGGAGUACCGGAGGGGACGUUCGACAGCGUUUUCACAUAUGCCAGCUAUAAUGAUCUGGACCAUAUGGGAUAUGAAGCACCGGCACGCCUUGGUAAUAACACCAGCACUCAUGGCACCCGAUACAGCGGCUUUACCUACACCAAAAUUUUCGACGACGAGGAAAAAGAGGUAGCGCCAAUGAACGUUAUCGAAAUGGUGAUCUACAUCUUCAGUGUAAUGUUCCUUCUUCUCACAAUGCCGUUUUCACUGCUCUUCGCCAUGAAGAAAACUCGAGGACCGGGUGCCACGUUGAUUGUGCCGUGCAUUGACACCACCUACAAGAUCAGCACUACAAUCACAGCAUUCAAUGUACCACCUUUGCAAGUGAUCUCACUCGACCGUGGUUUGGUAGAAUUAGGCGCGACGGUGUUCCUCCGAAUUCGGGAUCCCGUAUCAGCUGUUUGUUCUAUACAGGAUCGCAAUGCUUCUACAAGGACCUUGGCCAACACUAUGCUCUAUCGCUAUAUCAGCAAAAGACGAAUUUGUGAGGUCACCAACGGGCACGAUAGGAGAAUCCUGGCCGCUACUUUCAAGGAUGAACUUGGCAGUUUCACGGCUACAUAUGGAGUAGAGAUUACUGACUUCGAGCUCUCCGAUGUCAAAGUUAUUAAGGAAGGCGAGAACAUGGGCUUGGCUGCUUUGAGUGCGGUCGUGAAAUCAGAUGCAGGAGCAAAAUUGUGGGAGGUGAUUGCUCCUCAUGUGGAAGAAUUCGCCCGUGAGGUAAAAGAACAGGCAGCAGCCACGCAAUUUGGGGAGCCGAUGGAUCCAGGAGGACCAUCGACUAAGCUGAAGACUUCCUACUCGAACGCCACCACCGACACUUUGAUAGAUAUCGAAGUCAUCAUCAAACGGCAGUGA